CACACCUCCUCUGCAUCCUCAAAUCACCUCCUCUGUUCUUCUUCUCUACUGUAAAAACCAUAAACCCUUUCAAUGGCAUUUUCAUCUUCUAAACCCUUUUACUGUUUUGCUCUUGUAAUUUCACUUGUGUUACUAGUUGCAACAAACCCAUCAAUGGCUACAACGAGAAAAUUAUCAGCUCUGGUAGAACAAGACCCACUUGUUCUGAAAUACCACAAAGGAGAACUACUCAAAGGAAAUCUAACUGUGAAUCUCAUCUGGUAUGGUAAAUUUACACCAACCCAGCGUUCGAUUCUUAUUGAUUUCAUUCAAUCAUUGAGUCCAUCAAGAAGUUUGAUUUCACCUUCGGUUUCAUCAUGGUGGAAAACAACUGAGAAAUACAAAACCGGUUCAUCAAAGAUCGUAUUGGGUAAACAAAUCGUCGAUGAGAAAUACCGAUUUGGUAAAUCACUGAAGAACGUUCAUAUCGUGUAUUUAGCUUCUCAACUGAAGAUGCACAACUCCAUUAAUGUUGUUUUUACUGCCAAAGAUGUUACUGUUGAAGGUUUCUGUAUGAGUAAAUGCGGUUCUCAUGGUUCAGCAAGUAUUGGUAAAACCAAGGAUAGUAAAAAGUUCGCUUAUAUUUGGGUCGGUAACCCGGACACUCAGUGUGCGGGUCAAUGUGCUUGGCCAUUUCAUCAACCGAUUUAUGGCCCUCAAUCACCACCUUUGGUUUCACCUAAUGCUGAUGUUGGAGUUGAUGGAAUGGUUAUCAAUUUAGCAACUGUUUUAGCUGGUACCGUGACGAAUCCGUUUAAAAAUGGGUUUUUUCCAGGUCCGGCAAUUGCUCCACUUGAAGCUGUUUCAGCUUGUACCGGGAUUUUCGGAAAAGGUGCUUAUCCGGGUUAUGCAGGUGAUGUGUUGACGGAUAAAGUUACCGGUGCUAGUUUUAAUGCUCGUGGUAUAAAUGGCCGGAAAUAUUUGCUUCCUGCCAUGUGGGAUCCUAAAACUUCUACCUGUUUAACACUUGUUUGAACACGGUGGUGGUGGGAUUAUAAUCAUGGGAAUGCUGCCUUGUAAAUAAAUGGGUUUCUUGAUCUUUUUCUUUUUUCAUUGUAAAUGUUUGUGUGCAAGGUAAAAUAUUCCAAAAGAGUUUGGUAGUAAUAAUAAAUAUAUGCAGCAGUUUUCUGUAGGA